AUGAAGCUUUUUCCCGAUAAUGCACCGUUGUGCAUGGAAGAGACGAAAUUUAAAGUUCAUUUCGAUCGGAAGAUUGCAAUGGACCCCAGGAUGGAGUUUUCUGUUGCCAAGAUUAUGGAAGGGCUAGAUUUGACAAUGGAUAAAUUUAUCGACAUGUGCAUUCUCUGCGGUUGUGAGUAUUGUGAUAGCAUCAAAAGUAUUGGACCGCAUUUAGCAUUGAAACGAAUAUGUCAGCAUGUGUCUCUGAAACAGAUCCUUGAGAACUUGAACACUACCAAGUAUCAGCUUCCUGAAACGUGGGAUUUAUGA